AUGGCUGCCAGAGCAUCCUCCCUCUGGGAGACCCUCUCCAGCGGCUUCUUGACUUGCACCAUUUGCUUGCAGCACUAUUGCCAGCCCAAAAUCCUACCCUGCCUCCACAGCUACUGCCAGGACUGUCUGAAGAAGCUGCUGGGUGGGUCAAAGCGGGAGCUGCAGUGCCCUGAAUGCCGCGAGGUGGUGCCUCUCCCAGCCGGCGUUGAAGGUUUGAAGACCAACUUCUUCAUCAACGGCCUCCUGGACUUGGUGCCUCCGGUCGAGGAGGCCAAGGCCACCUGCAGCCUGUGCCCGCUCAUUGGCCAAGAUGCCAGCUCUGUCGCUGUGUCUCACUGCAUCGAUUGUGCCGACCACCUGUGUCAGGCCUGUGCCCGCGGGCACCGUUGCUCCCGCCUUACCCACGGCCACCUCCUGGUAGACAUGGAGGCUUACUGCUCUGGGAAGUACAACGAGGAGGUCCGGAAGCGUCAGGCCUCACGCUGCAAAGAGCACAAGGAUGAAGACCUGCAGUAUUUCUGCGUCACCUGUGCUGCUGCCCUCUGCCGGGAGUGCCGUCUGGGUCCUCACCUGGAGCACCCGUGCCUGCCCCUGUCGGAGGCCGCCAAAGCCCGCCGCCCCAUCCUCACAGGCCUCUUGGGUGGGGUGGAGGAGAAGAUGCACCUCCUCACCAAGGCAAAGGUCAACCUAGAGAAGGAGAGGCAGGAGAUGGAGGCGUGGAACGUGAACAUCCGCAGCGUGGUAGAGCAGACGUGUGCCAAGGCCGUGGAACAGUUGCUCAGCCACAAGGAAAAGGUCCUGGGCCAACUCUCUGGCUACCUGGAGGAGCGGAAGGAGGCCUCUCGGCUGCUGCUUUCUGAGCUGGGCUUCCAGGAGCAGGUGGCCUCCACCACGGUGGCCUUUGCCCGGAAGGUGCUGAAUCUGGGCCAAGCGGUGGAGAUCGUGUCCUUGGAGCAGAUGAUCUCCGAGAGGCUGAGGCAGCUGCAGAGCUUCUCCUGGGAGCCCCUCGCCUUGCAGGUCCCCAAGCUCCACAUCCAGCCAGACCUCCUCUAUGGCUGCAACCUUUUCCUUCUGGAGUUUCACGAGAAGGCCACGACAACCACCCCAGAGUGCAGCAUGGGGGACUCCACCCAAUGGUCUAAGAAGAAAAAAAAGCAGAAGCAACAGCAGCGGCCCCAGGGAGCAGAAGAGGGGGAGGCCUCCAGACAGGAAAGGGCCCCAAGUGGGGAAAGCCUUGGGCCGGCGGAAGUGGGUCCAGAGGUCCCUCGGUUGAUCCCAAAACCUGUCUUCUUCUGCAGCUUCUGGGUGAAAGUCCCAACUGACAAAAAGCGGCCACAGGUCACGGGCUUGUUCCCGUUUGGCUCCAGCGAAAUCCUCGUGGCUGACGAGGAGAACAAGAAGUUGAAGCGCUUCUCUCUGCAGGGCGAGUUCAAGGGCACGAUCCCGGUGCCGAGCAACGUGGCCCCAUUCAGCGUGGCUGCUGUGGGCAACAAGGCAGUCUUCACCGCCGGAUCCCAGCUCUACGUCUUAAAUGAAACGGGGGGGAUUAUGUGGCAAAAGGCACUCAAGGGGGGCCAGGCCAGCCACGCAGUGACCACCUGUGAUGGGAACUCCGUGGUCGUGUCUGUGGCGGGACAUCUGGAGGUGUUCAACUUGAAAGGGCAACUCUUGGAGAAGAUUGUGCCGGAGGCCUCCCACGAAAGGUGCCUGGUAUUCCUGGGCAGAUGGAAAAAGGGAUUUGUGGCAUCUGACUGGUACCGACAUAGCGUGGUGCUGCUCGACAGGAACGGGGAUCUGGUGACCGAAUACCAGGAGGAGCAGCUGAGUGGGUCUCAACCAGGCAGCGUCUGUGCUGAUGCCCCCGGGAUCGUCUACGUGGUGCUUCGGGAGCUGAACAAGAUUGUGGCUUUUUCAGAGGCCGGGGAAGAGCUGGGAUCAUUUCUCACAACAGAGAAUAGCGUCUUCAAGCCACGAGUGAUCACCAUUGCCGGGGACGGCCAUUUUGUGGUAGCCCUCACCAACGGCACCAUCCAUGUCUUUAAGAUCAAGUAUCAGGGCGAGUAAAUGGGGAGCAGGCCCCGGGGAUGGCACAUCUGCAGGGUUCCAGAUGGGAGCAGACGUCCUUUGGCGGUAGAUUGGCUCUGAGACGUGUGUGGGGGGGGAGUGUUCAGGCCCCCAUUCAACCCUUCAUUGUGUGAAGGGCCGUGUCUUUAGAAGGCUGGGCCUCUUCCACCACCCCAGUCCAGCCCAGGAAUGCUGAGGGUGGACAGAAAUGGGUGCCACAAAGUCUGCUCUCGGAAAGGCCACCGGACUGGCUGGAGGGAGGGAGGGAGGCACGUCUUCUGUGGACGCUAACAUCACAGGGAAGUGGGGGGGGUCAAAGGGCAUCCCAGCAAGCCAAUAAGGGUUUUACUUCUGAGCCCCCCUUGGGAGACCAGCUGUGCUCAUUUGUUUGAAGGAUGCAAUAAUCCUGCAUUGCUGCCAUCGUGGGGGGAUGUUUAAUGAUGAUGAUCAUAUAAUUAAU